GAAAGGCGAUCUCCUUGUGUUGAUGGAGGUCAAGACGGCUGCAUCGUAAGUUUAGGUAACUCUUGUUCAGAAUGGUGAAUUGGAAUGUCUCAACCCAGGGCCAGGGGGGGGGAUUGAAUGGAUUGAAGGCUUUGUUUACAAAUAUCUGUUUACUUUCAAGCUCCUUCAGACAUGCGGCAAAAACCACACCUCUUUUCUUCCAUCGUUCAAAUUUGUCCUCAGACAGCCCCUCCUUCGUCAAUGUUAUUAAGGAAGAAGGCUAUGGCAUUGUGGAAAUGAACAGAAAGCCAGUGAACUCGCUGAGUUCUGAAAUGCUUACAGAACUUGCAAAUGUCAUUGAAAGACUUGAGGCAGACCCAUCAUGUCAUGGAAUGAUUCUAACUUCAUCGUUACCCAAGAUUUUCUCUGCUGGAUUGGACAUCACUGAAUUUCUAAAAGGAGAUGAGCAAAGAUUGAAACACUUUUGGGAGUCAUUUCAGGGCAUUUGGUUGAAACUCUAUGGCUCAAGGUUGGCCACUGUUGCAGCUAUUAAUGGAGCAGCACCUGCUGGUGGAUGUCUGCUAGCGAUAUCAUGUGAUUACAGAAUCAUGGCUGACGAUGCAAAUAUUGGCCCAAAUGAAACUCUUCUGGGGAUUGUUGCUCCAAUUUGGUUUAAAAAUACUCUUGUAAACACAGUCGGACACCGUCAAGCAGAACGUUUGCUGUGUUUGGGUAAGCUACUGGACAGUUCUGAGGCAGGUGACAUAGGUUUGGUUGAUCGUGUUGUGGAGAAGAGUGGUUUAAUUGCAGCGGCAAGAGAAGAAAUGCAGAAAUGGUUAGCUAUUCCAGCUGCUGCGAGAUACGAGACUAAAAAGAUAUUAAGAAGUCCCAUCCUUGAAGAACUUCUUGCAGGAAGAGAGAAAGAUACGAAGACGUUUAUGGACUUUACCCAGAAAGAUUCAACACAGAAAUUGCUCAAAUUGUACAUGAAGAAACUUGCGGAAAAAUCCAAGGCAAAAAAGUAGAAUGCUCACUUCAUUGGGGUGAGUGUUGUAGAGUUUUUAAAACAUAACACCUUUACACAUUAUGUAGGAAAAUGACAAGGUUGCAUGAAUUAUACUUUGGCCUUAGUAUCAUCAGUCUUUAUUGGAUUAAAAAACUAAAUACUUGUUGAUACAUAGACAUUGCAAGAUAGAGAAUUGUGUUGGAUGGAUAUUAAUAUAUAUUGCAACUCUGGUCAUUUCUACCUCAACCUACUUACAUUAUGACCAGUUGUUUCAUUUAUGUUAAAUAUAUUGAGCUAUUUAAUAUAAUACAAGUAAUGCCAUAUUUUUUGGCAUUUAUUUCACAUGUUCACUACAA